AUGUCUUUAAUUCGAAGCAGGACAGAAGGCUUAAAAGUCUACCGGAAAAUCCUAAAAUGCCACAAGCUCCUUCCAGAAGAAAUGAUGAAACUUGGCAACGCUUACGUCCGCGAAGAAUUUAAAAAGCACCACUAUCCCAAAAUUGAGAAAUUCACUGCAGCCCAUUACUUGACUUUCUUGACAUCCUGAAAAGAUUACCUUCUACAAAUGGCGAACCCUGAAACAAGGCUAUACGGCCGAAACCUGACUAGUGAAGAAGUCAAUGCUAUGUCGAAAGAACAAAAAGAAACUAUUAACAAAUAUAAAACAAAUAAAAUAAUAAAAUAA